AUGGCGAACGGACAAAACACGCUAUACAGGCCCGACCAGUUCAUGAACCCUGGCCCUGCGCCGAAGCCACCAUCAGAGCGUCCCAAGGUCACUCUCACCCCGAACGUCUUCAACACCCCAGGGAAUCCCAACCUCACACAUAUGAACAAUGGCUCCGGCAAUUCGAUAGCAUCGCCCUCGCAGACAUCCCUUGGUCGCUCCGAAACGAGCAACGGCGAAAUGACAGUCAUCAGAGACGGCUGGGCGAAGGUCAAGGAAGAAGGCGGAGGCUUCAUGAAGGUGUUCUGGAACGAUCGUUUUCUGGUGCUUCGGGAGAAACAGCUCGAUUUCCUGAAGUCUGACAAGAGUGGCAAAGUGUCCAACACGAUCAUGCUGCGCGACGUAUCGCACGUCACUCGCUCAGACAAUUACCCCUUCAGCGUGGAGCUGACCAAGGAGGGAAACAAGAUAUGGAUUCUGAAAUUCGACUCAGACACGGACGUAUACAACUGGAUGGACAGUGUGUACGACAGAUGUCCGCAAAUGGGAGGCGUAUCACACCCGACAGGCUUCUCACAUCGUGUUCAUGUUGGCUUCGACCCGGUCACGGGUGGAUUCGUGGGACUGCCGGUGGAGUGGGAAAGGCUGCUCAAAGGCUCAGCAUUGACCAAGGAUGACAUGCAGAAGAACCCCCAGGCCGUCAUGGAAGUGCUGCAGUUCUAUACGGAUAAGCUCCAAGUACGAAGUGACGAUCCUACACGAUACGCUUCACUUACGCCCACACCAAGCGCCGGAGACAAUCGCGAGAAGCAGCUGGGAUACUCUACUGGCAACAGCGUUGCGCCACCAAGGCCACAGCCACCGGGGAUGAACAGACAGGACAGCUAUCAGAGUGGUAUGAGCAGCGCGACUGACUUUCAAGCGGGUUACCCUAACUCACGAGAUGCAGCUGAUCGAUAUGGAGCGCCUAAGCGAGCAGAUACCGCACCCAGCGGCGCACAGACCGACGACGAGCGACGAAGAAAGCAAGAAGAGCAGCGAAGACGCGCGGAGUCUGAGCGAAGAAGAAACGAGGAAGACCAAGAACGAAAGCGCAGGGAGCAGGAGGAUCGAGAAUACAAUGAUUCGCUACCGAAAAAUAAGAUUCCUCUUGCGAAGCAGGAAGUCGGAGGUGGCUAUAGCUCGGAUACAUCGCGAGACGCAAGUCCAGGCAAUGGGCAAAGCAGAUACAACGCGACAAGGCCUGCACCACCAGCACCUGCAAAUAGCAAGAGUGGCCAGUCUGGCAGUCAAUUGCCGCUGCGGAACCUACAGGCGCAACGGGCUGCUCCAGCGCCUCCUGGGUCACAAAAUGGUUCGAAAGGUCCUUCUCCUGCAAAGCAGCUCACCGCUAACACUUCUUCUCCUCACAUAGCCAAACAAGCGUCACCUUCCUCAGAUGCGAAGAAAGACCAGCCACUCACACGCAAGCCAUCGGGCUCUGGUAAUGACCACCAGAAGCAGCCCUCGCAGCAAGUCAAGCCUCUCAAUGUUGCCACUAAACAGCCAACUGGCCAGCCUAAGGACGCGGUCAAGCAAGCUGAGAUGGCACUAACAAAGAAAGAUCCCGCCGAGAAAUCACAGAAGGAAGUUCGCAUGAGCGCCAUGUCAGAUGCCCAGGUCAUGGACCGCUUACGUUCCGUGGUGACCCUGUCUAACCCUCUCGAAAGCUAUAACAAGCAGAAGAAGAUUGGUCAGGGUGCUUCCGGAUCUGUAUAUGUUGCGCGCAUCCGCGAGAGCGCUCCAAGCAAAACAGCAAAGGAUCUUAUCGCACAGUACGGCCCCAGAACACAAGUUGCGAUCAAGCAGAUGGAUCUCAGGUCGCAGCCCAGGAAGGAGUUGAUUGUCAACGAAAUCAUUGUCAUGAAGGAAAGUCGACACGACAACAUUGUAAACUUCUUGGAUGCGUUUCUGCAGGAAGAGACUUUCGAACUUUGGGUUGUGAUGGAGUUCAUGGAGGGUGGCGCGCUGACCGAUGUCAUCGACAACAACCCUUCUAUUUCAGAAGAGCAGAUCGCGACAAUAUGCUUUGAGACAUGCAAGGGUCUCAUCCACCUGCACGCCCAAAACAUCAUACACCGAGAUAUCAAGUCUGACAAUGUCCUGCUCUCAUCCCGUGGCGCGGUGAAGAUUACAGAUUUCGGCUUCUGUGCCAAACUCACGGAACAGCGCUCUAAGCGAGCAACAAUGGUCGGAACUCCCUACUGGAUGGCACCUGAAGUGGUGAAGCAAAAGGAGUACGGCAGCAAGGUCGACAUCUGGUCUCUCGGCAUCAUGGCGAUUGAGAUGAUAGAAUCAGAACCUCCAUACCUUAACGAGGAGCCGCUGAAGGCUCUUUACUUGAUCGCGACAAACGGUACUCCCAGGCUGAAGAAGCCGGAGAAGCUUUCGAAGGAGCUCAAGGCCUUCCUCAGUGUCUGCUUAUGCGUGGAUGUUAAGAGCCGAGCAACAGCCGAGGAACUUGGCCGCCACGAAUUCUUGCAGCACGGUUGCUCUCUACAGAGCUUGAGCGAGCUUCUGAGGUUCCGGAAGGGAGGCGGGCACUAG